AUGCUGUCUCGGGCAGCUCGUCCGGCCUUCAAGGCUGGCUCGGCGCUCACCAUUCGCCCAGUCACUGCCGCCACUCCCGCCCUUCAGUCCGCCAACUAUGCCACCCUUCGUGAGAUCGAGGGCCGUCUCAAGUCCAUCCGCAACAUUGAGAAGAUCACCAAGACCAUGAAGAUUGUCGCCUCGACCAAGCUCACCCGCGCCCAACGUGCCAUGAACACCUCCCGAUCAUACGGUCAGACCUCCAAUACUGUCUUCGAGGAGGCUGAGACUAAACCACUUGAGAGCGAGGGCAAGAAGACUCUGCUUGUGGUGUGCAGUUCGGACAAGGGUCUCUGUGGUGGUAUACACUCUGGUAUGACGCGUUACGUGCGUCGUCUGAUGACUGAGCACCCUAGCGAUUACCAGCUGGUCAUUGUGGGCGAGAAGUGCAAGGCGCAACUGAGCAGGAGCAACCCCAAGGACUUGGCUUUGACAUUCGCUGGUAUCGGCAAGGAUGUGCCUACCUUCGCAGACGCUCAGGCCAUUGCCGACCAGAUCUCCCUGCUUCCCGAGGACUACGCCAGCAUCAAGAUCAUCUACAACAAGUUCUUGAACGCUCAGUCCUACGAGGCCGUCACCGUUGAGGCUUUCUCUGAGGAGGCUAUCGCUGCGUCACCCAACUUCGCCGCCUUCGAGAUUGAAGAUGAAGUCCUUGCCAACCUCCGCGAGUACGCUCUUGCCAACAGCCUUUACUGGGCUCUUGCCGAGGGCCAUGCUUGCGAACAAUCUGCCCGCCGUAACGCUAUGGACAACGCAUCGAAGAACGCCGGCGACAUGAUCACCAGGUUCCAGAUUCUAUUCAACCGAACGAGACAGGCUGUGAUUACCAACGAGCUGGUGGACAUCAUUACUGGUGCGUCUGCUUCGGAGGGUUAG